AUGGGUAUUGAUCACACUUCCAAGCAACACAAGAGAGUCAGUCACAGAACUGCUCCAAAGUCUGACAACGUCUACUUGAAGUUGCUAGUCAAGCUUUACACUUUCCUAGCUCGUCGUACUGAUGCUCCAUUCAACAAGGUUGUCUUGAAGUCUCUGUUCUUGUCCAAAAUCAACAGACCACCUGUGUCUGUUUACAGAAUUGUCAGAGCUUUGAAGCAAGAGGGUGCUGCCCAAAAGACUGUUGUCGUCGUUGGUACCGUCACCGAUGACCACAGAAUCUUUGACUUCCCAAAGACCACUGUCGCUGCUUUGAGAUUCACCGCCAGCGCCCGUGCUAGCAUCACCAAGGCCGGUGGUGAGUGUAUUACUCUUGACCAAUUGGCUGUCAGAGCUCCAAAGGGUCAAAACACUUUGAUUCUAAGAGGUCCAAGAAACGCCAGAGAAGCUGUCAGACACUUCGGUAUGGGUCCACACAAGGGUAAGGCCCCAAGAAUCUUGUCUACCGGUAGAAAGUUCGAAAGAGCUAGAGGUAGACGGAGAUCAAAGGGUUUCAAGGUGUAA